AGAGAUUCCCUUUCUCGCUGACUUUGUGGUGUUGGAGAAAAAUUUCUUCUGCGAAAUCGAACAAACUGUAGCUCAUCUUCCUCCGAUCGAACCUCCCCAAAAAAAAAAAAAAAAAAGGAAAAAAAAAACCCUCAUGUUAGGGUUUUACAAAUUAUACAAAAGUAGUUAAAAUUUUAUUUAAGGAAAAUAUUGAAUCCCUAGAAGCAAAAAUUUAUCACAGAUUUUUUUGACUCAUAGACCAUGAGUAUUGAACCCUUCAAUAGAUUGGUGAAGCUUACGGCGAGAGCGUUUUACGACGAUAUAACUACGAAAGGGGAUAAUCAACCGAAGACAAGCCGGAGCGACAAUAGGGGAAUCGCAGUUGUGGUGCUCGAUGCGCUUACGAGACGACAAUGGGUUAGAGAAGAAGAUUUGGCGAAGGACUUGAAGCUGCACUCUAAGCAACUUCGUAGAACUUUGAGAUUUUUUGAAGAAGAAAAACUGGUCACCCGAGAUCAUAGGAGAGAGACAGCAAAGGGUGCAAAAAUAUUUAGUGCUGCAGUAGCUGCGACAGCUGAUGGCCAUCAUACAAAGGAAGGAGAAGAGAAAAUUAAGCUGCAUACUCACUCUUACUGUUGCCUAGAUUAUGCACAGAUUUAUGAUGUGGUAAGGUACAGACUGCAUCGCAUGAAGAAAAAGCUGAAAGAUGAAUUGGAGGACAAGAACACAGUUCAGGAAUAUAUAUGCCCCAACUGUGGGAAAAGGUACACUGCUUUGGAUGCACUGCGGUUAAUUUCUAUGGAGGAUGAAUAUUUCCAUUGUGAAAGUUGUAAUGGAGAACUUGUUGCUGAGAGUGACAAGCUUGCUGCUCAAGAAGGAGGAGAUGGAGAUGAUAAUGCAAGGAGGCGGAGGCGUGAAAAAUUAAAAGACAUGCUUCAAAAGAUGGAGGUACAACUUAAGCCUUUAAUGGACCAGCUCAAUAGAGUAAAAGACUUACCUGUUCCUGAAUUUGGGAGUCUCCAAGCAUGGGAAGCACGGGCAAGUGCUGCUGCACGUUCAAAUGGUGAUUCAAAUGGCAAUGAUCCCUCCAAAUCUUCUCAAGGGCUAGGGUAUGGUGGAACACCAAUGCCUUUUCUUGGAGAUACUAAGGUUGAAGUUGCUUUUUCUGGGGCUGAAGGAAAUGGAGAGAAUAUCAAAUCUGAAACUGAAAAUACAAGUUUGAAAGUUCUGCCACCUUGGAUGAUUAAGCAAGGGAUGAAUCUUACUCAGGAACAGCGUGGUGAGGUCAAGCAGGAGGCAAAGAUGGAUGGAAGUUCAGCAGCGGUGGAGUUUUCAGAUGAUAAAAAGUCCACUAUUGAAAGUGAUGAUCAGAAGAAUAUACAAGAUGAGUAUGUAAAAGCUUAUUAUGCGGCUCUGCUUAAAAAACAGCAAGAAUUGGAAGAAGCUGCUAAGAAACAAGAAGAAUUGUCAAACCCAAACAUAUCCAAUGGUCUCUCUGGCAUGUCUUCUGGUCGUCAGGUAGGCAUGAAGUCAAAACGUGAUGAGGAUGAAGGAGAUGAUGAUGUUGAUUGGGAAGAGGCACCAGUUGCAGGCAACUCCAAUGAACAUUACAAGGUAGACUUGAAUGUUGAAGCUGAUGCCGAAGCUGAUGCUGUAGCUGAGGAUGAUGAUGAUGUAGACUGGGAGGAAGGCUAAAGAGCAAAGCUUUUCUUCCUUGUGUAUCAAAUAUCUGAAAGGUAUUCCUAAAUCAGAGAUGGAAAUUGAUGUUUAAGUGUUGGUAUAAUUUCUAACUGGGUGAUUGAGAAUGUCCGGACAUAAGAACCCCUCCAUUCUUCAGUUUACAAAAAGCUGAAUGGAAACACAGUUUUGUAAGCAAUGAAAUGAAUAUGUGCUGAGCAAAGUGUAAAAACAACAGAUUGACUAAAACAAAUACUUUGUAAUCUAUAUUUUAAUGAUUAGUGUGUUGGCGCACAUUUGUCUGAAAUGCAUUGAAAUUGGAUUUCCCA